AUGGCCACAGAUGUGAGCGGCGGCAUUGAUAACACUCCUCUGUACCGCCAGCUGGAUGCGUACGACUGGGCUGGCGACCAGGAAUUCCAAGGAGGUCUGGCAGCUAUCCUGGGCUCAUCAGCACAAGAUCCCCAGCAGGUCGCCCAUCUCACUCUCCGCGCCAAGUGCUACUACUACGCCCGCAAAUCGGGAAUACCUGUCGAUUUCGAUGGUUACAAGAACUGGGUAGAGACGCGAGACGGCAACGGGGUGGUUGAGGAAUGUGCAGCGCCAGCCCCGCCCGCCGACGAUGGAGGCAUGGGCAAUGCCCCUAAGCCUGCGAGCUUUGCUGAGAUUUGCGAUAUGAUUGCAGAAGGAAAGCCGAUUCCUGGCAUCAAGGACAUUCCAGACACUGUUCUGGAAGGGCAGGCUUCAGAGACGCAACUUGAGACGAGGAAGAAGCCAUGGGAGAAGAAAUCUGGCGCCGAAGAAGAGAAACCAAGCUGGAUGACCUGA